AUGGAGAAGUAUCAAUUACUCGAGGUCAUAGGGGAGGGGUAAUUAAAAUUCAGUACCUAUGGGACAGUUUAUAAGGCAAAGCAUAAAGACCUGAACGCAGUUUUCGCAAUAAAAAAAUUCAAGGAAACAGAAGAUAACGAAAGUGUCAGAAAAACAGCGAUGCGUGAAAUUAAUAUGUUAAAACUCCUUAAGUAUGACAAUAUAGUCAAUCUGUUUGAAGUUUUCCGGAAAAAUAAAAAAAUCUACCUAGUUUUCGAAUACGUAGAAAGAACAGUUUUAAAUGACUUGGAAAAUUCCCCACAAGGGAUUUCCCCAUUUCAAACAAAAAAGAUUAUGUACCAGCUGCUUCGAGCGAUAAAGUUCUGUCACGAUAACAACGUAAGAAUAACUUAGAUAGUCCACAGAGACAUAAAGCCUGAAAAUUUGCUAAUUUCGAAUAAUGGGGUUCUAAAGAUAUGCGACUUUGGCUUUGCAAGAGGCUUGAACUCUUUAAAUGGCCAAUAUACUGACUAUGUGUCUACAAGAUGAUAUAGGGCACCUGAACUUCUGGUUGGGGAUACUGAAUAUGGGAAGCCUGUCGAUAUAUGGGCUAUGGGCUGUAUUUUAGCUGAACUUUUGACAGGUCUGCCAUUGUUUCCUGGAGAUUCAGAUAUUGAUACAUUGUCACUUAUAAUGAAGCUUUUUGGGGAAGACCUGACGGAAAAGCAGAUAAAUGCCUUUAAGCGUAACCCAAUGUAUUAUGGAGAAGAGGUACUUAGAUAUAUAGGCUAUAGUUCCCAUCAGUUAA